AUGCAGUACUUGCCCGAAAUUGAUCGUGAGAUCCCAGAUUUGGAUCUUUUGACUUUGUUAUUUGACUCCCCAUAUUGCUGGGCAAAGAGUGAAACCAUAAUUCAUGCCGAAGCGGACAAUGAGACAAAUCACCUCACCAAAGGGGAAACUGCCCUCAUCUUUCGACGAUUAGCUUUUGUUCUCAGAAAUGAACUCGGAAUUGGCAUAUCAGGUGCUGGCAAAGAUGUGGUGACGUCCGUUUGCUCAAAUCAUCUCCUGUCCCCAGCGAUUUUCUUUGCUGUGAUUGCAAGCGAGGCUAUAUAUUCUGCUGCAUCCACGGCAUUGACAAUAAGAGAGCUCGCUCGACAAAUUCAGAGUAGCAAAAGCAAUCUCAUCAUCGCGACUGAAGACACGGCCUCGACGGCUCUUGAAGCAGCGAGUAUAUGCAACAUCCCUCUCGAGCGGGUUUUGAUCCUUCACUCUAUGGGCCCCGACAGGGCCUUGACACCAUCCGUUGAUUGCAGUCGGAAUUAUUUCAUGGAGACACGGGAACUUCCAUGGGUGAGAAUCAGCAACGAGGACAUUUUGAGGAAUCGAGUGGUUGCCUUACUUUAUUCAAGCGGUACCACAGGGGUGCCGAAAGGUGUGCGAAUUUCACACAAGAACUUUGUGGCUGAGGCUAUCAUCACCCAGACAGCCAUCGAGACCUACCUCAGUAGACAACAGAUGCUUUCGGAGUUUCAGUAUCGCACCAUCGCACACCUUCCAUCUGCCCACAUUUCUGGACUGCAAGGAUAUUUUAUCAACGGCACAAUGAUGGGGGGAACAGUGUUUUGGAUGCCCAAGUUCGUGUUCGACGACUUCGUGCAUGCAGCAAAGAAACAUCGGCCCACGUUUAUCUCCACCGUACCUUCUGUAUACUUGCGUAUUGCGAAAAGUCCGUCUGUAUCAGAUGAGUUUCACAGUCUUCAGCACGCUCAGUCAGGUGCUGCACCCAUGGGUCCACAGCUGCAGAAACUGGCUGAGUCUAAACUAAAGUGCAAGGUCAGUCAGGCCUGGGGGCUGACCGAGACCACCGGGGCAGUCACUUGGCUCCCUUGGGAUCGGGAAGAUAGCACCGGCAGCAUCAGCCAAUUGUUACCAAACACACGGCUCAAGAUUGUCGACGAGAGCGACCGCCCUGUCCCAGAUGGUGAUUCAGGCGAGAUUCUGGUUCGUGGGCCCAACGUCACGAUCGGAUACUGGGAAAACGACGAGGCCACAAAAGAGGCCUUUACUGUAGAUGGAUGGUUUCGUACCGGGGAUAUCGGCGCACGCAAAGAUGGCAAGUUUUAUAUCGUCGAUCGAAAGAAGGAGCUGAUCAAAUUCAAAGGGUUACAGGUAGCUCCAGCAGAAAUUGAAGCGGUUCUCCUCGAACAUGACCAAAUUUUGGAUGCCGGCGUUGUAGGGGUGCCAGAUCCUCAGAUUGCCGGCAAUGAGAUCCCACGAGCAUUCGUCGUCCGAAAACCUGGAACGAGCCCGAUGAGCGAAGAGGAUGUCAAAAGACAUGUGCGCGACAAUUUAGCUUCCCACAAGCAGUUGAGGGGUGGUAUCAGGUUCACCGAUUUUAUUCCUCGCAACUUGUCUGGGAAGAUACUGCGACGCAAGCUGGCGCAGCUUGAAGGGAACGAGAGGCCCUCGAAGAUUUGA